UGACACAGUUGCAAUCGCAGCACUGUCACCGUGUGCCCUCUGCUAAGGUGUCCUGUCUUGCCGUGCCCGGCUCACUUGCUCGGUCCUUGUAUUAUUAUUGUUGUUGUUGCUGCUGGGUGCAUUGUUGGUGCUGACGUCAACUGACGCGCAAAGGGGCGGGCAGUUGCUGACUAUCACACGCUCGGUAACCAGACAGGAGAUUGUCUUGCUUUUUUUCUCUUUAAUUUGGGCUCUGUGCUUUUUUUUUUUUGCUAAAAAAAAGGCACUUCUUCCUCAAUGACAGUUUAUGUGUCAGUACAGUAGUAGCAAAAGAAGGAAGUGUGAGCAAUGUCUCUUCACUUUCACAAUAAAGAAGCGGUAUGGCGGAGAAGACGCUAAUAAGAAAACUAGAGCCUAAUCAAAUUAAGCCAUACAAGCAACUGAGGCGAGAGCAGCUUUAAGAUUUGGAGUACAGCAGCCAGAAGUGGUGGAACACCGCGAGUCUACGUUUGGAACACUUCGGUGCCCUUUUUAGUACGCUUUUUUUUGUCUACUCCCCUUGCUGGUGUUUUCCUAUUUUUUUGUUCUUAUUUCUGUUCAAACAUGGGGUUUUAAAAACAGCCGUCUUUUAUCUUUAAUUUUUUUUAAAAAAAAUUCUUACGGGAUAUGGGUUUCUGUGACUCUUAUUCUUAACGCAGAAAUACGCUCUUACUGGUGCUUAUCGGUACUAACUUAAAUAAUCAAUAGCAAAUCUCUGGAUAUACUAAAUGGGUGCCAAACAAAGUACCGGUAGCCCAUCUGCCAACGGCCGAACAAGGGCUUAUUCGGGGUCGGAUCUACCUUCCAGCACUUCUAGCAGCAAUGACAGCAGUCGAACUGCAGCCCUGGCGAUGAGGUACGGUCAUUAUGGGCCGUCCACGCAUGGGGCCUCGGGAGCCGCGGCCGCUCAUCAUCUUGGCCAAAGGACCCGCUCCAUGGGGGGCAGUGGAGGUGGGUCAGGACCCCGAGCCCAGGCGCUGAAUCAGGCCGGGCUCAAUAUCCCGAACAGCAGUGGUACUUACAGUUCCCAGGAGUCCGAUAACGGCACCCCAGAAGAAAAUACUGGUGAACGGGACAGGUCAAGCGGGGGUCACGGGGCGCCCAGGCUCUUGAUAGGUUCGCUUCCUGCACACCUCUCACCUCAUAUGUUUGGAGGAUUCAAGUGCCCUGUCUGUUCCAAGUUUGUUCCUUCAGAUGAAAUGGACUUGCACCUUGUUAUGUGUUUGACAAAGCCAAGGAUAACAUACAAUGAGGAUGUAUUGACUAAAGAUGCUGGGGAAUGUGCAAUAUGCCUGGAGGAGCUGGUGCAGGGAGACACCAUUGCACGCCUGCCAUGUCUAUGCAUAUACCAUAAAGGUUGUAUAAAUGAAUGGUUUGAAGUGAAUCGGUCAUGUCCUGAACAUCCAUCAGAUUAAAGCGCUUCAUUACUUUUUGCACAGGUUUCCUAUUUUCCUGUUGAAAGUGAUCUGCACUAAUAAUGAGAGACUCUGCAAUCUUUUUAGGACUUAUGACUGACUGAAUGACGGCUAGUACACAAACUGCAAUUAAUCUACACUGUAUUCAAGAAAUCAUACUCACGAUUCAAGCCAGUUGCCACAGCACUUUGGUGUGCCAAAACGUAUUAAAUCAACCACCAGGGAUUACAUACAUACAUACAUACAUACAUACAUACAUACAUACAUACAUACAUACACACAUACAUACAUACAUACAUACAUACAUACAUACAUACAAACAAGCACACACCCAUGUCCUGUUUAAAGCCAUUCUGGAUCCAUCACAUUGUAGUCUUCAUCUAGAAGCCACAUUUAUUUGAAUCAAUUCCUCUCCAGUUUGUGCACCCCUGUGACAGAAGUUAACUUUUCACUCUUAUUAAUCAGUGGAUUCUACCACCAAUGAGAAUGGAGAUUGUUUGCAGCGGCUAUUUUGUUUUUGGCUGAUUGAUUUAAUAUUGUUUUUUAAAUAAGUGAUCCUAGCAGCAUACAUAUCAUUUUCACUUUUGGUCUUGAUAUGUGUGUACAUGUACACGAGCACAUUCGCUACAUAAAAAAAAAAACACAGGGGCUUGAACAUAUCGGUGC